AUGCCUGGAUUAUUGUUGGUGGAGUUUGAUGAGCAACGAGAUAAGAUACGGGUUCUUCACGAUGGCCCCUGGACUUUUGACAAACAGUUGGUACUCACCAAAGAAUUUGAGGGCCACCUACAAAUACACGAAGUCUACAUGAAUGAAGUUAACUUCUGGGUUCGAAUUCAUGAUCACCCACUGUUGGCCUGUAAUGAAUACGUGGGACGUUUGAUUGGGACGACUCUGGGGAAGGUCCUUGACGUGGAUGUUGACUUUGAUGACUUAGCAUGGGCAGAAUACAUGCGGGUCUGGAUAGCUCUGGACAUUACGAAGCCUCUAUUGCGGCGGAAAAAAGUUACUUCGGACUCUCAUAGAGAGUAUUGGGCACGUUUUACAUAUGAAAGGUUGCCGAACUUCUGUUACCAGUGUGGGCGUAUGGGGCAUUCUCAUCGAGAAUGUGAGGAAUGGAAGCUUCGAUCUGAACAGCCUAUAGGAGAUAAUUUUCCCUACGGGUAA